GCCGACUCAACAGACUCGCGUCAUCAACCUUUUGGUCACCCGCCCCCGGAAAUGAACUCUUCUUUUAGGUUUACAAUACACAAUAGACAUUUUAAGACGAAUUUAACAAUCCACUAAUGUGCCUUAUUUAUUUCUUGUGUUGGCAUAAUCAGCUUUAAACAUUCAAUAAUAGCCGACUGCCAAGUUGAUAGUUUGCAUAAUAUAAAUACAAGUAAAAUAUCUUCAGUAUCUUCCCAGUCUAAACGAAACCUUCGACAUCAGACACCGCCUUACUUGCGCACACUUUUAAUGGUUUAAGCCCACUAAAGAAAGAAAGAGAUCCAAGGCGGCUAAAUUUGACGCGAAAUGGUAUUAUUUCACAAACUUACCUAAUAAAUCGACGGUGUAUUUGAGAUUUAAACAAUGACACUGAGUGAGUCCGUAGCCGGCACGGUCUUCGAGACCACUUUCCUGUCCUGUAUACUUACAUCUGCUUUGAUUGGUAAUGUGAGUUUAUUUCUUAUCGUUUACAAGAAACGAGAUCUUUUGACCGUCACCAACAUGUUUAUUCUUAACUUGGCUGCGGCUGACAUCUUGGUGUCUGUUCUCAGUAUGCCAACUACAUUGAUCACCAUUAUCAAACAGCGUUGGGUGUUUGGACUCCCUGCUUGUGUGGUGUCCGGCUAUAUCACAAUUUUAUCGUUCAUUGCGUCCGUCAUGUCUCUUGCCAUGAUCGCCAUCAACCGGUAUUUUCACAUCGUAAAGUGGAAUACGUACAACAAUACUUUCUCAAGAAGGAAAGCAUCAGUUUACGUAGCAGCCGUUUGGGUUGUGUCGAUAUCCCUGGCUUGUCCUCCGCUCUUCGGCUGGGGAGAAUAUCGCUUUAUCCCUGAAAAAUCCUAUUGCUUCGUUUACUGGCCUGCGAACGUCUACUUUGUGUAUUUCAUGAUCACUGUUUGCUUUUUCGGUCCUCUUUUAGUUAUAGCCUUUUCUUAUUUCAAGAUUUUAAUGUUUACUAGGAAUGCGAGAAGAAAGAUCGCAGCUUCAAGGAAUAACUUGACACCUCCUCUAUUUCAGCACCGGUCUGCUGCCUCUGAUGUAGAACCUAAAAAGAACGGCGAAGAAAGAUUUAAUUUAGAUCGCAGCAAGGCCGAAGUGGAAAUCCCGAAUAAACUGUUUGAAAGUAGGGGAACGGAGGAAACUAGAAUCACAAACACGUUUCUUUUGAUGGUUGCCCUUUUUAUUUUUUGUUGGGCGCCUUUUGCUGUAACCAUGUUUUUCGAUGUCUACUACUCAACGCCGUUGCCACGGACAGUACACAUGAUAUCGUUGUUGUUUGGCUAUGGAAAUAGUGCCUGUAAUCCAAUAUUGUAUGGAGCACGCAACUCUGUUUUCAAAAGGGAAUUGAGAAAACUAUAUUCAAAAUGUUGGCCUCAGGCUGUAGAGAACUGA